AUGUCGUCUCUGAUAUUACUGCCUUCACGAACAGACGCGUUCUCAGCUUACAAACCCAGCAAGAACGCUCAUACCGAUUUCAUCUCAGCUGUGGAUCUGGGAAGGGGAGGAUCGAGCGGAUCGAAAGAUGGAGUCAAGUCGGUCACAUUGAGCGUGUCGAAACGACCAUCACAUCCACCUGCGAAGGACACCCUACAGACAUUGCUCGACUCAAUCCCCUUGUUAUUAUCAGGUAAACCGACUACUCAAUCGUAUCACACGCUCUCACAUGCAUGUCACAAUUUGGUAAUCCAACCUCAUAAUCUCGGAACAACGAUAUAUGACAAGGUUAAAGAGGAAUUAGAGAAAUCUGCUGCUGGUCUAGUAAGAGAAUGGAGAGGAAGUAUCAUGUCACGUCAAGGAGAUUGGUUAACUAGAUUGAUCAACGGUUGGAAUACAUGGGAGAAGAGAGUUGACCUACUAUCAGCUGUAUUUGUUUAUCUCGAUAGGGUUUACUCUAAUCCUUCAGUUGGUAUCUCAAGUAUCAAGGAAUUAUCAUUUACUACUUUCAGAAAUUUCAUUUGGGAAAAUGAGUUAUUAGCUGAAAAGACUAGACAAGAUGUAUUAACUUGGUCUACCACGGAACGUGAAAACGAAAUCACUUCGAAUGAAAGAUCGACAAUACAAGAGAUAUCAAAACUAUCAAAUCUGUUGAAUACAUUCAAGUCAAUCUCAGAACCAUAUAUUGAACUUACAAUUUCACAUUACAAUACAUCGGCUGAAAAGUAUAUACAAACCGUCGAACAAGGUUCAAUGGCUCCUGGUAAAUAUGUUGAAUGGGUUUUGGCGAAAGUGGUAGAAGAAAGGGAGAGAGCAGAUGAUUGUUUGAGCAAGCAAGUUUCUGAAGAGGUCGCUCAAGUAGUAAGGAACGAAGCCGGAGAGAAAAUUGGUGACCGUAUUAUCAAAAGAGCACUCGACGAAUCUAUGGAUUCAACCGAUAUCGAAUCGUUAACUAGAUUGUACCAACUUUCAGUCGACGUAAACGUUUUCCCUACAUUGGUCAAAUCAUUAGAAAAACAUCUUGAAGAAAGAUUAAAAGCUAUCAUCUUGGAUCCAAAAAAUGAUCCUCAAAUGAUUGAUGGUACAUUGAAAAUGAAGCGAUUCGCAGAUAGAGCCAUAUCAAGUUUAUUCGAAUCACCCACCCCUUCCUCAGACGACAUUGAGGACGACAACGGGGGUGAAAAGGAGAAGGAACAACAGAAGAAAGAUGAAAAAGCACACGUUGAACGAAAACGGAUCGUCAGGAACAGACAGUUUGAAUUGGAAGAAGCUGUAAGAGUAGGUCUCAAGAAUGGUCUAGCAAGCAGACAAAAUGCACCUGCUGAAUGGAUAGCAAAACACCUUGAUUUAGCAAUGAGAAAAGGUCCUUCAUUAUCAGACUCAGAAUUCAAUUCACAUCUAGAUGAAAUUAUAGCUCUGAUUGGCUUCACAAAGGAUAAAGAUGUUUUCAAGGCUUUCUAUUCCACUCAAUUAGCGAAGAGACUCUUGUUGGGUAGAUCAGCAAGUGAUGAUAUGGAAAGAAAUAUGAUCGUGAAAUUGCAGAAUGAAAUGGGAGAAGAAUUCACUUCGGGAGAUAUCAUGAUGAAGGAUCUUCAAUUAUCUGAAACACUCGUCAAAACGUAUCAAUCAGUACAGGCUAAAGAACCUGAACAAUACAAAGAUGCGGGCAAUUUCACCGCUAACGUAUUGACAGAAUCUGCUUGGCCAGCUUAUCCAUUACUGAAAGACGGAUGGAACUUCACUCUACCACCAAACCUACAAUCUUCGGUCGAUCUAUUCACGACAUGGUAUUCGACUCAACACAAGAAUAGACAACUAUCCUGGAGAUUCCAAUUAGCCACCGUGACUCUGACAGGUAGAUUCUCAAGUGGAAGAUACGAAGUCGGAGUAAGCUUGUUCCAAGCUGUCGUGAUGCUGUUAUUCAACGAGGAGGAUACCCUAGAUUUCAAAUCGAUACAAAGUAGGACAGGUAUCGAAUCGCAGGAAUUGGUAAGGACACUACAAUCCUUAGCUUUAGGUCGUAAAGGAACGCGAGUACUCCUCAAGAAACCUCCUGGAAAAGAAGUGGACCCAACAGAUAUAUUCGCCUGGAAUAAAGGUUUUACAAGUGAUAGAAUCAAAUUCAAAAUCAACGGGAUUCAGCAGGACAUGUCUGCCGAAGAAUCGAAGAAAACGAAUGAACAAGUUCAUAUCGAUCGUGUAUCGGUAUUGGAAGCUACGAUAGUACGAAUCAUGAAAGGUAAAAAGAAGUUGUCGUUGCAGCUUCUCAUCGAUAACGUGGUCAGUGAUGUGGUGAAGAGAUUCCCACCUGAUGUGAAAGAGAUCAAGAAGAGAGUUGAGAGUUUGAUAGAGAGAGAGUUCUUGAUGAGGGAUGAGGAAGAGAGAGGUCUAUUACAUUACCUAGCUUGA